ACACAUAAACAUGUCUCCAAAAAAUGCCAUAAUUGGUCUAGUCCUAGUCUUAUUAUCUUGUCAUGAAGCCAUGGCUCAAUCAGGUUGCACCAGUGUGCUAAUAAGCUUAUCUUCGUGCCUAAACUACGUGACUGGAAGCUCCUCAACGCCGUCGUCGUCAUGCUGCUCGAAGCUGGCGAGUGUGGUCCAGUCGCAGCCGCAAUGCCUUUGCUCCGUGGUCAACGGUGGCAGCGGCGCCUCAUCGUUAGGCGUCACUGUUAAUCAAACUCUUGCUGUGUCACUCCCCGGUGCAUGUAAUGUGCAGACACCCUCAAUAAGCCGUUGUAAUAAUGCUGAAGGACCUGCUUCUAGUACGACUUCCCCAGUACUACUUUCACCUUUGGCUUCUCCAACUAGUCCUCCAGCAGACAUUACACCUCAAAUUGAUCCCACGUCUACUUCAACAGCUCAGCCAAAUUUUCAGUCAGGAGUAACCGGGUCAAAAACAAUAUUACCCACCACAGACAAUAAUGGAGUAUCUAAUAAUGGGGGCACCUUCAAAGUGUCCCUUCUUGCCGAUAUCUUCAUUCUUUUCUUUGCUCUAACAAGUGUUAUCGCAUUAUGAGUGAACCGAUUGAUUGGCUUGAAGAUUUGAAGCAGACCCAACUUUCUUCACACCUACAUAUCAUGUCCCAUUACUAGCUACUCAUAUAUUGUAAUCACCCUUUUGCAUUAUGUAAUAGUUAUUACAUAUUGGGCCUUUUGUAGUCCAAUUAUUUUCUGUAGACAUAUUUGGCCCAAAAGCUCAAACCUAUCUAAUAAUGUACUUAUUCAUUCACCUUUCCACACUUAUUUCACGAGUUUCUUAUUUUUAUAAUUUUAUUCAAUUUUGUCGGUAGUUGGCGGGAAACCUUAGCUUAGCUCAAGUUGUAGUAGUGGCCUGGCCUCCUUAACUUGAUAAUAUUUAUGCAAAAAAAAAAAAUACCGGUACAUAAGAAGGAAAAAAAAACCACCACUAGUCUGAUCAUCUUUUCAUUCCAAACAUUGACAUUUGUUUAAACACCUCAAAAUCCUAUAAAAGAAAUCAUUACCAAUAUAUAUAUACUAAUAUACGCUAACCAAACCACACCAAAUAAUGAC